AUGAUCAUGAUACAAUGGAACAAUUGGACCAGGAACUCUGACUUCAUCCUACUAGGAUUAUUUGAUCACAGCCCUCUUCAUACUUUUUUCUUUUCCCUAAUCCUGGGUAUCUUCUUCAUGGCCUUCAUAGGAAAUUCUAUCAUGGUGAUUCUCAUCUACCUUGAUGCUCAUCUCCACACUCCCAUGUACAUCCUUCUCAGCCAACUUUCUCUAAUGGAUCUUAUGCUCAUCUGUACUACAGUACCCCAAAUGGCCUUCAAUUUCCUUUCUGGCAACAAGUCCAUCUCCAUGUCUGGCUGUGGAAUCCAGAUAUUCUUCUAUGUAUCUCUACUUGGAGCUGAGUGUUUUUUGUUGGCUGCCAUGUCCUAUGACCGUUAUGUAGCUAUUUGCUACCCACUAAGGUAUCCUAUUCUCAUGAGUCACAAAAUAUGUGGGCUCAUGGUUGCCUGCUCUUGGAUUCUUGGCUCUCUUGAUGGUAUAAUAGAAGUUGCAGCUGCAUUGUCUUUCUCAUAUUGUGGUUCCAGAGAAAUACCUCAUUUUUUCUGUGAUGUUCCUGCCUUGCUGACUCUUUCAUGUAGUAAUACCUUGAUAUUUGAAAAGAUUAUAUUUUUCUGCUGUAUAAUUAUGCUUACUUUACCUGUAGCAAUAAUUAUUGCUUCCUAUACUCGUGUGAUUCUGGCUGUUCUUCAUAUGGGUUCAGCUGAGAGUCGCCAUAAAGCUUUUGCCACCUGUUCCUCUCACCUCAUGGUGGUGGGAAUGUAUUAUGGUGCAGCCAUGUUCAUAUACAUGAGGCCUUCUUCUGGUCGUUCUCCCACCCAGGACAAAAUAGUGUCAGCUUUCUACACUAUCCUUACACCAAUGUUGAAUCCCCUCAUUUAUAGCCUCCGGAACAAAGAAGUAGCCAAAGCAUUCAUGAAAGUCUUCAGGAUUGAUAAGGCAGCAGCAUGA